AUAUGGAACCCUUUGUUUAUACCAAUUCUCAUGCGGCAUUUGGAUGGUUUUGAUUUGAAAUCAAGUAUUUUAGUAUUGUAGUUGUAAAGAGAUUGGGCCUCCCAGAUCUUAGAAGAAGGAUAAGUAAGAGGUAAUGCAUAGUAUCACAAAUAUUAUGAGAAUGCAUGAAUCUCUACAUAUGAGAGCAUCCGUGUCAAAAUAAAAAUACAAUUGAGCAAAUCUCUACAUAUAGACUAUAGUACAGGUGGGUGUCGAACGAAAGAAGCGAAAUUGGGUCAAAUUUUAAUGCGUGGCUAUAAAACGGAAUCCCAACACCUGGAGUAGAAUAUCGGCGCUAAAUGAGAAAAGUUACAAAAGUAUGAAUGAAUAAGGAGGAAAAAGAAGGCCAAAUAAAAUAAAUUUGCUUAAAUUCUAUCGGUUUUCUCUCCUUUUUUCUGGUACGGUGGAGGGCGUUUCUUGUCAAACUUAAAUUCUCUCCAUCUCUUUAUCUUCUUCGUUUUCAUUCAACAACAACAACACCAACUAAUCAAACCUCUGAUUUCCCAGAUUUUCAUCUCACUAGUGAAAAAUAAAUUCAAAAUUGCUUGAAAUCAGGAACUUUCUGGUAUUCAUUGCAAUCUAAAGAUGGGGGUUGAGUCCUGAUUGGAGGUCAUUAGAAGAGAUUGGAGACGUUGGUUUCUGGGUAGACGGUGAUCAUAGGUGUGGUGCUCUUAAUGGAGAGACUUAGCUCUAUUAACCUUGUCACGGUUCUAACACUGCCACGCCGGCAGUAACGGAAUUAUGUUUUUGUCUAACUAAGUGGGUUAGUUGAAUAUGCAGGUACAUGACCAAAUACGUAAUCGACCAAAAAAUCGAGGUGGUCGAAUAUUGCUAGUCAUCCUUACUCAAAUUCGACUUCUCUGUGGCCCCCUUGUUGUGUAUCAUGUGUGGGUGGAUUCUUGUAUACACAGGUCGUUUAUUCUUUCCAUUGGAGCAUAACGAGACUUCAAUCACAUAGUUAUGGGGCAUAGGCACUUGUUCGGCACUCCCCAAAUGUUUGAGAUGGACAAUGAUCAGAACCCAAGUCCUCUACAUGCUGAGCAUUCUUUAAUUCCCUUGGGCUGGACUGGGGCUGCAGAUACUGGUGGUUCAGUAUUUCCUAUAGAAAAUUUACCUGCCGGAGGAAUCAAUUUUACCUCUCAGAGACGAAGUUCAAAUGAGUACUCUUCAUCAAGUAGCAGCACUGAAUCCUCCCACAGAAAUAUUGGGCAAAGGGGAAAUGAGUACUGUUCCACAAAUUUCACAAUGGAAAUUCGACAUCAUCAAGUGACUACUUCAGGGCCAACCUAUGAUCCGACCCUGCAUCCCUCAGCUGGUGGAAGCACGUGGCCUGCUCCACAUAAUUAUGCUGACCAGCCUUCUUCUAGUCAUCACAGACACUUAAACCAUGGAUUUGGUAGCAGUAGCGUUACUCCUACGAUAGGUGACAUUAGUGGGCCGUGCAAAAGGAAAAGGGCAGAAGUUUCCGCGGUCUUUGAAAACGGCAGCAGUAGCAGACACUAUAACGCUACAAAUACCCCUGAUGUUUCUUUAUCUCUUGAUUUGCCAUCAGAGAAACCUCAACAUUGGGCUUGGGAUCCCAUGAGUGCUGCCUCCACGUAUGGAGGAAGCAACCUUUCAAUUGGCGAGGAGCAUUCUCAGAGGAAUGUUAGAGGCCGAAUUGCACUUGACUUGGAACAAGACCUACCUCAGCCGCAUUUGUUAAGCAACCCAUCUCGUCGUCUUCCUUCAACAGGCAGACCUGUAGGCCAGAAUGGCACAGUUGACUGCACUGGUGUCCCUGUUUCUUCCGCUGCUCAAGGGAGACUUAUACCUUCGGAUACUAGUGGCUUCAGUCAUGUAACAAACCAAUUUUCUGUAGGAAGCAGUAGUGCUAGUAUUUCUCAGGAGAUUAGUGGGUACAACCAUGACCAACCUUCCAGGAGAACUCCUAUUGUUCCUCCGCAAACCCAUAAUCUCCCUCAUAUUCAAGGUGUAAGAGGACGCAGUAAUCUUGCUCAGAGGACAUUUCUUGCUUAUGAGACCGCAUCUACUCACCCGCAUAGGGGAUACGUCCCAGCUACUGAGAAUACUAUGCAUUCAAUGUCAGAUAAUCAUUCCAGACAUAUAAGGUCUGCUGUGGGAUGGCGUCGACCUGAUAGGAGCGAACGAUUGGGGCUACCUCAUCCAAGAUUGCACUCAGCUACUGGUGGGGUAGAUGCCCAUGCUCGUUUUGUUGAGGGGAUUUCUAUGUUAGAACGCUCAGUCAUGUAUGGCUCAAGAAGUUUGCUUGAUCAGCAUAGAGACAUGAGGCUAGACGUAGAUAACAUGAGUUAUGAGGAGCUACUUGAUCUGGGUGAAAGGAUUGGAACCGUCAACACAGGUUUGUCUGAAGAUGUGAUCUCAAAGUGUUUGAUUGAAACUAUAUGCUGCUCUUUUGAUCAAAGCCAGGAUGAAGGAUCCUGCGCAAUAUGCCUGGAAGAUUACAAGGACAAGGAAGUGAUUGGCGCAGUGAAGAACUGUGGCCACGAUUAUCACAUAGGUUGUAUCAGAAAAUGGUUGUCAAUGAAGAAUGCAUGCCCUAUUUGCAAGUCUCCUGCUGUGAAAGACGAAUAAAAAAGCCUCAGAUGUUUCUUUUCUUAUUUAGUUCUCUCUAUUUAACUUGUGUAAAUAUUAUAUCCAGAUAAACAACUCUCGGAGGAGUGGUUUAAGAGACAACUUGUACAUGGGGGGCAGGGGGAUGUUCAUUUUUCAUCUUAAACUGGUUCUGAAAUGUUUAUGAUUUAGUUACCAAUUCAUUCAAAGGACAAACUUUCAUUUCUAGUGAUAUAUUAAGCUUAUCAUCUUUAGGCUAAAUUUUCUGA